GCGCAUGACGUGUCGCAUGGUGAGUAAUAGCUCCCCAUGCGGCUAGCGUUGUGCGGUGGUGGUGGGUGAUGGCGGCGGCGGCGGCGGCGGGAGGAGCGUCGGGCGAGGGAAGGUGGUUCGUGCCCCAGCGCUUCGAUGGUCGACGACACGACGAGGGGAAGCACGACGCGGCGAUACGACGAGUUUACACUCAUACAUCCAUAUAUUAAGCAUCACUCGGAUGGGAUUUGCGCCGGCGCGUGUGCGGGGAAGUGAAAAGGUCAAUCCUGGGUGGGCGCAUGAUCAUCGAUCCCGAUGCGAAAGCGCACACGGCAGUAUGGAAGGUGGUACGCGGAUCAGGCUUCUUGGCGAGACCAUGUUCUCCGACGUGUAUUCCUGUCCCACCGACACUGCCUCUGUCGUGUCACUGUCCUCCGGCAGACCCAGCUUCCUCGCAAGUCGUCUCACAUUGCGGCCGACCGCUUCUUGCGACGAUUCUGUAUUACGGCUCACACAUUCUCAGUCAGCUUGACAUAUCGGCAACACGGACGCUUUCGCUUGGACAGUGACUGUUCUCGAAAACGCACCAGGAUGCGUGCACAGACUUUUGUACAUCCUACUGUCUUGCGCACACAUAGUCAAUACGGACUCUGUGGCUAGUGUCGUACUUACUCUCAUUCAGAUGCGGACUACCGCGUGUUAUACCCCUGAGUAAUAGUUGUUGUGUAUAUACAUGCCGAGCCUGCUCUGCUUUGGAGACAGACCAAGUGUAACU